UGAGCGGUGUCAAUUAUCCAGUGCCUCAGGUUUCGAUGGCGCGAACCUAUAAAAGGUCAGCGGUGACACGGGGGCGAGCACUGCAGUCGACUUCCCGACCUGUCCCGCAUCAUCCGUAGUGUCCAAACAGAGAGCCCCCUCAGAGCACAUCACAAUGGCCCUGCACAAAAUGCUGAAUGAUACUGCGGUCGCUGCAGCCCUGGAUGGAUGCAAAGACGCCGGAACGUUUGAGCACAAGAAGUUCUUCCAGGCAUGCGGCCUGGCCGGCAAGUCCGUCGACGAGUUGAAGGCAGCUUUUGCCAUCAUUGACCAGGACAAGAGUGGUUACAUUGAGGAGGAAGAGCUCAGACUGUUCCUGACGAACUUCAAGCAGGGUGCGCGCUCCCUGAACGACGCCGAGACCCAGGCCUUCCUCAAGGCUGGUGACACCGACGCCGACGGCAAGAUUGGCGUUGAUGAGUUCACCACCUUGGUUCGAGCGUAAAGAGUCACGUGACCAACAGCACCCGCUCUCAUGGAACAACAACGCCCACCUCGCCCCUUUCAUCUGAAAAAUCAUUUUUAUACAUCUGCUUAAGAGACGUUUCCUCCUACGCAACACAAACACACACACACACACACUCAUGCAAACACACACGCACACAAGCACACACACACACACUCUGUCCAACAAAGAUGAUGAUUAUCGUGAUUAUCGUCCGGCUGUGUUCAUGUCUUAAAUAUAAGGUUUGCAUCGUGUCAAGUCUAUGCACUUUCCAGGAAUCGACGGUAGGAAAGAGGAAAUGUUCUUUUGCUGCGGUCGCUCGGUCUUAUCGAGGUUCAUCAAGUGUCUUUUCAAAUGUGACAAUGUGACUGAAAAUAAAGCACCGAAUAAACUUGUGGACAGGA